AUGCCCACCAAUGCGGCCAUCGCCCGCCGCACAGAGAUUGAAAAGCGCAAGGCCUCAGAACUGCACAGCCGCAGAGACGCACCAACAAACCGCACGGACAAGCGGGGGAAUGAGGCGGCCGCGGCCCGUGAGGAGGGGCAGCGGCGAGUGACGCUGGCGACUGCCGUCCCCCCGCAAGCCGGGAAUGAGGGCACAGCGGCGGCCGUGGGGCGCGCGCCUACUCAGCAG